UAAUUUGUAUUUUUGUAAGUACGUAAUAUAUACAUGUAAUAGUUUCUUAUUUUGAUGAUAAUUACAAAUAAGGACUUAUUAUUAUCAAUAUAGCAUUAAUUAAAGCAAAAUAAUAAAACUUUCAAAAUGAGUGCUAGUGAAGUCGGUGAAUCAACAACUAAAGAGAUGACGUUCGCUGAGAAACAAGCUGAACGAUUGAAGAGACUUCGCUCUUUACACACUGCAAGAAAUGAAGCAAGGACACAUAAUCACCAAGAAGUUGUAGCUGAGGAGGCUAGAAACAAGUUACCAGCUAAUUACGAAGCAAAACGACGACAAGCUGAAUGGAUCAUGGAAGAUCAAAAGAAACGUGAGGAAUCAGCUAAAGAGGGUAAAGACUAUGACAGAGUUAAAUUACUGAAUAUAUCUGCAGUAGAAGCGGAGAGGUUGGAACGUAAAAAGAAGAAAAAGAACCCUGAUCAAGGCUUUUCUACUUAUGAACAGGCAACAGUAAGACAGUAUAACAGGCUUGUUAAAAAUAUGCCAACUGCAGAUAUGGAACUUUAUGAACAACAGAAACAAAAAUAUGGUGAUGCUUUUUAUGGAGGUCCAAAUGUUAUUAUUCAUGGAAUGCAUAAAGAUAGAAGAGAAGCAGUUGAUAAAAUGGUAGAUGAUUUGGAAGGGCAAAUUGCAAAGAGAGCUAAAUAUUCCAGGAGACGGACACAUAAUGAUGAUGCAGAUAUAGACUACAUCAAUGAAAGAAAUGCUAAGUUUAAUAAGAAAUUGGAAAGAUUUUAUGGAGAGCAUACUGCAGAAAUCAAACAAAACUUGGAAAGAGGCACAGCUAUUUAAUUAUAUUGUGAUGAAAUAAUGAAAAUCCAGGGGAGCUUCUAAGUGUUUUAAGUUUUGACCUUAGAUUCAUGGAUAUUUUUAUAGAUUGUUCCAAAUAGGCUGGUGAUAUUAGCCUUCUGUGUUGAAUCAUGAAACUCAAUAAUUAAUUAUUGAAGUACCUCAUAUUUUUUUACCUUGUGUACCAUUUCUUAAAUUUAUAGUUUAACUUUGUGAGUAGUUUACUAACUACUGUAAUUAUCAAUUACCCAUGACGAUAAUUAAAGUUUGUAAUAAA